AUGGGGAAAACAAAGACUAAGAACCAAAAGAAAGGCCGCUCGACUGAGUCUGCUCGACGCGUGGCCGAGGACACGUUCUCAGCCCUAAAUCAUGGUAUUGCCGGCCCGAGAUUCGAACCCACAACCCUAGAGUUAGGAGUCAAACUCUCUAGUCUACAUGAAGCAGUAAAAGGCUUGCACAUCUUUGCAAAGGGUCCAACAUUAUAUUUCCGUGUUGUGAAGUAUGCCCUCAUCAAAGAUGUCCUUUCGUCUUUAAAGAGGCACAGGAUGCAUGAACUGCAGUUUUCCCAUCAUCGUUUACUAGAGCUGAAUAAUUUUGGCAUGGAGGGUAUGCACGUCAAGCUUAUGGCAAUCAUGUUCCAGAACAUGUUCCCCUCGAUCAACGUACACAAGCUCAACCUCAACAGCAUAAAGAGAUGGCUGUUAAAUCAUGAUCCCAUGGCCCAGGAGGAGGUGAAGUUUCUGCACUACAUCCUGAAGGUGGUGCCUGUGGGCAUGAGUCGAGGGGUGAAGAAGCUCAUGCAGGAGAAGUUUCCCAACAUGAGCAACCUGGAGGACAUCAACAAGCUCCUCAUUAAAGGUGUCAGCCUUUCAGAGAGCGAGGCGGAGCAGAAUAGGAACCACAACAUCACAGAGUUGCCACAAGUGUACUCCGAAGUCUCCAAAAUCCUUUAUAAAAGAAAAAAAAAGGAAGCAGUCAUCAGGGAAGGGCCCUCCUCAUGACAAAGAGUUUUAAGUCUGUUGACGGGAAACAAUGAUGGCAGAAAGCGGUUUGGAGAUAGGAAACUGCUAAUGGGGGGAAACCGGUGCGAAGGAGGAAACAAGUUUGCCCAAAAAGGGGGAAAAGGCAGUAGAUUUGCUGGGCAGAAAAAAAGAGAUGUUGGUAAGAAGUUUGUCUGACAGAAAUCAUUUAAAGGAUGUGCUGUUAUGAAACGACCGAAAGGUGCUGGAUGAAAAAAAAGGACUUGAAACGCAAGAAAAGAAAAGUCUGAAGGAACUGAAAGCCAGGUUGGAUUCAUCUAAACCACGAGAUGGGACUGUUGCUUCACUGAUGCAUCAUGUACUACAUGACUGAUCAUUAUGACACAAAACAUCAGCAAAUCAAUGCUGCUUUAUGUCAGACUUGUGGUUUGCAUAAAUGUUCAUAGAUUUUUAAUGCAUUUUACCAAUAAAUCUAUCUAAACCAA